GGAGACAACAAAUCUUCUGAUCAGUGAAAUUCUACCAUCCCGACCCAUGUUCACUAUGGACAGAAGCGCUAGCUCCCUAGUCAAGGGGGGCGGAGGAGAGGCGGGGGAUGACUGAGUUCCAAUCAGGCAAGCAGAGACAAGAAGGUUCUGCUUCUCUCUUUCUCUUUCUCUCCCCCUCCCUCCCAGGUGUUUCUAAAAUAAGAGUUGAGGUCAUUUCCCCUUCUCUGCCUUUCUAAUUUAAGGCCAGCCAGAGGGCCACUAUUUUGAUAAGACUUUCUUUUCCCAGAAGCCUAUAGGAAGGUGGUAGUUAGGCUGUAAUUAACUAAAGAUCUUUGUGUGGAUUUCAACGACCCCCCGCAGUUGGCAAUGGAACUAGGUCGGAUGUGCGGCUCUGCCGAGUGGUUCUGAGCCGGAGUCCUCGGGGUGCGUGCAGCGGGUGGGCGGCCAUGGAAGCGGCUGGCGGCGAAGACGCCAUCAGCUUUCAAGAUGAAGCUGUGGAUAAAAGCAUCUUUAAAGACUGCAGCAAAAUUGGUUUUUACAGACGUCAGAAGCUAAUCCCAAGGAAGAAUACCUAUCGGGCAUUACUGGACUCAGUUACAUCAGGCAAAGACAGCACCAAAUUCCAGAUCAUCAAUGAAGUGAAUAAGGUUCCUCUCUUGGCUGAAGUCUAUGGAAUAGAGGGAAACAUUUUCAGAUUUAAAAUCAGUGAAAUAGCUCCUUUGAAACCAAGGUAUGAAGUCUCUGAUGUUCUUAUACAGAAACCAGUCACCAAAAGGCUGACCCCAUGUACAGAGGAUACAGGUGUUCUGGUUCUGAAAGAUGAUUCAGUAAACCUGAAAUUUCACAUUACAGCCAACCCCUUCACAAUAGAUUUGAUUUCUGAAGAUGAGCCUGUGCUGAGUAUCAAUUCCAUGGGCCAGCUAUAUUUUGAACAUUUGCAGAUGCCUCCCAAACACAGACCUUCCACAGAAUGUAAGGAAGAUGUGUCCACUGAUCCUUCCCAGGAAAGUCAAGAUGAUCUGGGUCUUUGGCAAGAGAAAUUUGGCAAAUUUGUGGAUAUCAAAGCCAAUGGUCCUAGCUCCAUAGGCAUUGACUUCUCCUUGCAUGGUUUUGAGCAUCUCUAUGGGAUACCACAACAUGCAGAAACCCAUCAACUCAAAAAUACUGGUGAUACUGAGGCUUACCGACUUUACAACUUGGAUGUCUAUGGGUAUAAGCUACAUGACAAAUUGGGUAUUUAUGGUUCUAUACCCUAUCUCCUAGCACACAAACUAGACAGAACUAUAGGAAUUUUCUGGCUAAAUGCCUCAGAAACGCUGGUGGAAAUCAACAUACAACCUACAAUAGAACACACAUUGUCCCCAAAAGGCUCAGUUUUGGCAAAACAGAAAGUCAAGCCUCGAGCUGAUGUGCGUUGGAUGUCAGAGAGUGGAAUCAUUGAUGUCUUUAUAUUAAUGGGACCAACCCCUGCUGCAGUCUUCAAACAGUAUUCAAUACUCACAGGCACCCAAGCGCUGCCUCCGCUCUUCUCCUUAGGAUACCAUCAGUGCCGUUGGAACUACAAUGAUGAACAAGAUGUCAAAGAUGUUGAUGCUGGGUUUGAUGACCAUGACAUUCCUUAUGAUGUCAUAUGGCUGGAUAUAGAACAUACUGAGGGUAAACGAUACUUCACAUGGGACAAAAAGAAAUUUCCAAAUCCUAAGAGGAUGCAAGAGCUGAUCAAGAGCAAAAAGCGCAAGAUUGUGGUCAUUUCUGAUCCCCAUAUUAAAGUUGAUCCCAUGUACUCAUUGUACUCUCAAGCAAAAGAGAAGGGCUACUUUGUGAAAAAUAACAAAGGUGGAGACUUUGAGGGUAUAUGUUGGCCUGGGGCUUCUUCUUACCUGGAUUUCACAAACCCCAGAGUACGAGAAUGGUAUUCAAGUCUUUUUGCCUUCUCUGAAUAUGAGGGUUCUAGUGACAUCCUCUUUGUAUGGAAUGAUAUGAAUGAGCCCUCUGUCUUUAAAGGGCCAGAGCUGACCAUGGAGAAGAAUGCUAUUCAUUAUGGCAACUGGGAGCAUAGAGACCUUCAUAAUGUAUAUGGCUUUUAUCAGCAAAUGGCUACAGCUCAGGGACUGAUCCAGAGGUCUAAAGGGAAGGAGAGACCCUUUGUUUUGACGCGUUCUUUCUUUGCUGGAUCUCAGAAAUAUGGUGCAGUAUGGACAGGAGACAACGUAUCAGAGUGGGGUUACCUGAAAUUUUCCAUCCCAAUGUUGUUGACUCUUAGCGUUGCUGGUAUUCCCUUUUGUGGAGCUGAUGUAGGUGGAUUCAUUGGGGAUCCAGAACCAGAGUUGCUGGUGCGCUGGUACCAGGCUGGAGCCUAUCAGCCCUUCUUCCGAGGCCAUGCUACCAUGAACACUAAGCGGCGUGAACCCUGGUUGUUUGGAGAGGAACAUACCAAGCUCAUCAGAGAAGCCAUCAAAGAGAGAUAUGCCCUCUUGCCUUACUGGUAUACUUUGUUCUACCGUGCACAUGUGACUUCUGAACCAGUCAUGAGGCCUCUCUGGGUAGAAUUUCCAAAAGAAUUAGAAACUUUUAGUGUGGAGGAUGAGUACAUGUUAGGAAGUGCUUUGCUAAUACAUCCAAUCACAGAACCAAAGAUCACAAUGGUUGAUGUAUUUCUGCCCGGGUUUGAAGAGGUCUGGUAUGACUUUCGGACAUUUGUUCAUUGGGAAGGAGCACGUACCCUGAAGGUUCCCAUAGCCUUGGAUAGAAUACCUGUGUUUCAGCGAGGUGGAAGUGUGGUACCCAUGAAGACUGCUUUAGGGAGAUCCACAGGAUGGAUGACCCAUCUCCCAUAUGAACUCCUUGUUGCUCUGGACACCAAAGGCUCUGCAAAAGGUGAACUCUACCUUGAUGAUGGACAUUCAUUCCAAUACCUCCAUCAAAAGCAGUUCCUUCACAGGAAGUUUUUGUUCUGUGAUGGUAUUUUGUCCUCCAGCUGUGCAGAUGAAAACGGUCAUUACCACAGCGAGUGUGUGGUAGAAAAAGUCCUGAUCCUGGGCAUUAAUAAGCAGCCUUCCUCUGUGACUACCAGUUCUUCUGAUGGGCAGGAGAAGCAGGUGGUUUUUACCUACUGCUCCAAGACAGCCGUACUUCAUCUGGAAAAACUUUCAUUGAAUGUUGGUGCUAAUUGGGAGAUCCAUGUCAAGUGACAAGAAAAGCAGGCCUUUCACAGCCUUUGAAGGAAAGUUCAAAUAGAAUCGAUCUUAGAGGAUGUCAAAAGCUCUCUGUAAGCCUGGCUCAAAGAGACCAUUCAUUGGUCACAGAACAAACAACUGAUGAAGGGUCGUGAUGUUAUUUCACAUUUUCUUUUUUCUUCAAUUUUUGGGGCAUGAUAGCUUUGAUUUUAUUAUGUCAGAAACUGGUGUUUUUCCUUGAAAAUAACCUAGAAACAGCAAAUGACUGUUAUUGCUUUAUAUUUUUAAUAUCAGAGUCAUGAUUUGGGAUGGAACAGUGCCAAACACUGUGACACAAUGAGCUGUCUCUCCUUCCUGUGCCAGGUGGAGCAGGCUUUAGAUAGAGGGACAGGUGGGCGCAGCUCUGUAGGAUUUGUUCCCAUCUGUGCCUGUCUCAGGCCAUACCACUGAAGGGAGUCAUGACCUUAGACAAAGCUGACAGCUGCGAUAAUACAGGAAUUCUGCCAUAUGUAUGUGGUGUGCACUCUGAAAUUAUAUCACACCCACUCUGGGAUAAGUGAAACAAAACCCUGAAUGGCAGCUGAGAGCUUUUUUGGUCUAGAAAUUGUAUUAAAGGGAGCAAAGAUAAUUCUCCCCUAAACUAACUCAGGAAGGUUAAUCUUGAGCAUCCUCUCAGGGUAAAAAGCAUCUUUCCAUAUAUCAUUAUUAAUUUUUCAAUAAUAUACAUAAAUAUUACUUUCCAGCUCAAGGAACUAAAGUGAGUCUAUACUGCUUAACAUAUCAAGGAAUAAGUGGGCCCUUCCAAGAUCACCCUAUUCCUCCAACUUUGUCUCACAUCACUCUAUAAGAUAAACCCUGUGUUCUGGAUCCUUGAAUUGUCCUCCACAUAUGGCAUAGUCAUUCCUGACCUUAUACCUUUGGUUCUACUGGUCCCCAGAUACUAUCCUUUUAUCUGUAUCUUUCUUACUCUUCAAAAUCCAGUUAAAGUCUCAUCUUCUCCAUGAAGCUUUUCCAAUUGUUCCAACACCCAAUAAUCUGACCCUUCUUUAAAAUUCAGUGCAACAAAAUCAGUGCAAUGUAAUCAGUAAAUAAAAAGGAAAGCUUUUGAUUAUGAAAAGAGCUUUGCAUCAAAUGUCUCUGAUAAAACUAAGCUAUACAGAGAACUAAUACAUUUAUAGACCAAGAGCAUUUCUUAUAAAUAGAUUGUUAAAAGAGAUUGACAAAUAGGCCUUGAAAGAAGAACUACAAACUGUGAGCCAUGUAAAAGGACAGCUAGGUAGCAUAGUAGAUAGAAUGCCAGGACAGGUGUUAGGAAUAUCUGAGUUCAAAUCUGCCAGGACAGGUGUUAGGAAUAUCUGAGUUCAAAUCUGGCUUCAGAUACUUACUAGCUU